CGCACCCCCCGCCCCACCACUCGCCUCCACUUUCCCCAACGCCACCCCCACUUGCCGUCCGCUUGCUGGUGCUCCCCGGCCGCCGCCAUAAGUAGCGCUCGCACUCGCAGGCAGGCAGCUAUACAACCUACCAGUACUAGCUCGCGCGCAAGCAUCCCCCUCGGCAACCCAACCAUGUCCCCGACCAAGACCGGCGUCGCGGUCGCCGCGCUCCUCGCCCUCCUGGCGCUGUCGGCGCCCCUGGCCUCGUCGGCCGCCGGCUACGGCCGCCCCAACCCCGGCGGCGGCCCGUGGUUCGGCGGCGGCGGCGGGAUCCCGUGGUUCGGCGGCGGCGGAGGCGCGGGGCCGGGCGCCGCCGGCUUCUUCGGCGCGUGGGGCGAGGGCGGGCUCGGGUACCGGCGCGGCGCGGUGGUGCCGCCCUCCAUGGUGUGCGCGGAGCAGGGGCCCUGCCGCGGGAAGCGCCUCACCUGCCCGGCGCGCUGCUUCAGGUCCUUCAGCUACAAGGGCACCAACGGCGGCGGCGGCGGCGGCGGCGGCGGCUGCAGCUUCGACUGCACCAGCCGCUGCGUCGCCACCUGCUGAGCCGCCGCCGGCGAUCACAUCAGUGAUCACUGAUCAGUAGCUUAGCUAGCUAGUAGCCUAGUACUAGUAGUACACUACUACUCCUACUACCAGUAGUGAGUGGUUGCUUGGCGAUGGAGCUGUCGGUGCUUGAUAUUAGUGUGGUGCUCGUGAUAUUGUGUCUGUAAAUCUCAGCUGCGUGUGUUUUGAUCAAUAAGACGCAUGAAUAAAACGAGGAUUUUUAUUGUGAUCUUCA